GUUGCAAAUAUAAUAGGAAUGAUAUAUUUACAUUUCUUUCAUACAAACAUGGUGCCACUACAAAACGACAACAACAACAAUAUCAUAGAAUCAACUCUUCUUCUACCUUCAGCUUCAGCUUCAGGUACAAAGAAAAAAGCACCAGAAGACAAAUGGAACUUAGCAUACAUAAUCUACUUGACACUUGGAAUCGGUUACUUAUUCCCAUGGAACUCAUUCAUUACAGCCGUUGACUACUUCUCCUACCUUUACCCUCAAGCAAGCGUUGACCGUAUUUUCGCUAUAGUUUCCACAGUUGUUAGUCUUUCUGGUCUCUUCCUCAUCAUCCUUAACGGACACAAAUCUCAUGCUUAUGUAAGGAUCAAUGUUGGCCUUGCUUUGUUUGUUGCUUCUCUACUGGUUGUUCCUUUGAUUGAUGUUGUUUAUGUUAAGGGUCGUGUUGGGUUGAGUAAUGGAUUCUAUGUUACUGUUGGGGCGGUUGGGGUUUCUGGUGUGGCUAAUGCCUUGGUGCAGGGUUCUGUUAUCGGAUCCGCCGGUGAGUUGCCGGAGAGAUACACGCAGGCGGUUGUCGUUGGAAAUGCUGUCUCUGGUAUACUUGUUUCUUUCCUGAGGAUAUUUACAAAAGCUGUUUACACACAAGAUGCCUCUGGCUUGCAAAAGAGUGCAAAUGUCUACUUUUUUGUAUCAAUUGCGAUUAUGUUGAUAUGCAUGGUUUUAUACAAUGUAGCACAAAAGCUUCCCAUUAUAAAGUUCUAUAACGAACUUAAGAUUCAAGCAACCGCUGCGGAGGAAGACAACGGUCCUUUGACCGGAUCUGUAUGGAGGUUAACUGUAAGGGAUACUGUAAGAACAAUCAAGUGGUAUGGAUUUGGCAUCAUGCUCAUUUACGUUGUGACGCUUGCAAUAUUUCCAGGUUACAUUACGGAGGACGUCCACUCUCGGGUUCUUAACGAUUGGUAUCCGAUUCUGUUGAUUACUUGCUUUAAUGUGUUCGACUUUGUUGGCAAAAGUCUUACUGCAGUAUACUUACUAGAGAAUGCGAAAAUUGCAGUAGGCUGUUGUGUAGCAAGACUGUUGUUUUUCCCACUUUUCUUUGGAUGCUUGCGCGGUCCGAAAUUCUUCCGGACGGAGGUUCCGGUGACAAUCCUGACUUGUCUCUUAGGGCUUACAAAUGGAUAUUUGACUAGUGUGUUGAUGAUUUUGGCUCCUAAGACUGUAAAGUUGCAGCAUGCAGAGACUGCAGGGAUUGUGAGUGUGUUGUUCUUAGUUUUUGGUUUGGCUGUUGGGUCUAUUAUAGCUUGGUUUUGGGUCAUUUGAUAAGAAAAACUGUAUAUAUCCAGGGAGUCGAAAAUCUAUAUGUACUAUGGUUCACUAAACCAGAAGUCAAAACUUGGAUAGGUUUGAUUAUCAUGAUCGUUGAAAAAUGUGAAAUUUUGUAAUUUACCUUUCAUAAUCUUUGUAAAAUUCUAAUGAACUAUAUUAGCUUUGAACUGUAUAAAGGUAUCUUUUUGUAGACAAGAUGUAAAGCCUAGAUACUUAGGAUCUGUUUGGAAGUUUUAGUUUCUGUGACUAUGUUAAGGUUUAUAAGAAAUAUGAAUCUAUAUUUAUUCCUUCAAGCCACUUCUAGAGAAGUUAAGGAUCCUUGUGGUAGUAUAUAGUCACUUUAAUGCUUAGUGAUUCUUAGCAUAAAUAAAUCAUUGAUCCAAUGUUGGAAUGACUUGCUCUGAA